UUAUUAAAGGAAAUAUCGCAGUGCAUACAGGGAUAGCAGAUACCAGAGAGAGGUCAGAGAAACACAGAUUGCGAAAGAUGUCGGUCCAUUGUCUAUCGUCUUUGGGUCGCUGUAGCAAUGUGGCAUUCCGUUCUUCCAGUGGAAUGGUGGCGGUUCGGUACGCCCAGACAGCGGCGGCCACAGCAACCCAGCCCAGAGUCAAGAAGUUCCAAGUGUACCGCUGGGACCCAGACACGGUGGGGGACAAGCCCCGCAUGCAGACCUUUGAGAUUGAUCUCAACACCUGUGGCCCCAUGGUAUUGGACGCCCUCAUCAAGAUAAAGAAUGAGAUGGACGGCACUCUGACCUUCCGUCGCUCCUGCAGAGAGGGUAUCUGUGGAUCCUGUGCAAUGAACAUCAAUGGAGGCAACACACUGGCCUGUCUGAACAAGAUUGACACCAACACCAGCAAGGCUACCAAGAUCUACCCUCUGCCACACAUGUAUGUGGUCAAAGAUCUGGUCCCUGACAUGAGUAAUUUCUAUGCUCAGUACAAGUCGAUCGAGCCCUACCUGAAGAAGAAGGAUGAGACAAAUGAGGGAAAGGAACAGUACCAUCAGACUGUGGAGGACAGACAAAAACUGGACGGGCUGUAUGAAUGUAUCCUGUGUGCGUGCUGCAGCACCAGCUGCCCCAGCUACUGGUGGAAUGGAGACAAGUACCGUGGAACUGCUGUCCUUAUGCAGGCCUACCGUUGGAUGAUCGACUCGAGAGACGAGUUCACAGAGGAGCGUCUCUCCAAGCUGCAGGAUCCUUUCUCUCUCUACCGCUGUCACACCAUCAUGAACUGCACUAAGACCUGCCCCAAGGGCCUGAACCCAGGGAAGGCGAUUGCAGAGAUUAAGAAGAUGAUGGCCACUUACAAGGAGAAGAAAUCAGCUGUUGCUUGAACUCUGGGGUCAUGACCCUUGACCCCCCCCCCUUCCCCCCUUAAAUGAAUCUACAAUUAAGAUGCCCUACCAGUGAGGUCUGCUGGGCUUGCACACAUGUGAACUACACCAACUCCACACUCCAGCACUACAUUGGACUCCAAGGGAACGGUUGGGAGGGAGAGAUGUGAGACAUGACCUGCUAACUUCACUAGAAUGAUGGUGCUUUCCUUGGUUCAUUCCCAUUGUUUGGUCUGGUGUGGGUGGGUUUGAGUUCAGAGGGUGACGGAUUCACACACAAGAAAUAUGUAUGUGAUCCCUUGCUCGUCCAUCAUAACUAUAUACAGUUGAAGUCGGAAGUUAACAUACACCUUAGUCAAAUACAUUUAAACUCAGUUUUUCACAUCCUGACAUUUAAUCCUAGUAAAAAUUCCCUGUCUUAGGUCAGUUAGCCACUUUAUUUUAAGAAUGUGAAAUGUUAGAAUAAUAGUAGUGAUUUAUUUCAGCUUUCAUGUCUUUCAUCACAUUCCCAGUGGGUCAGAAGUUUACAUACACUCAAUUAGUAUUUGGUAGCAUUGCCUUUAAAUUGUUUAAUUUGGGUCAAACAUUUCAGGUAGCCUUCAUCAAGCUUCCUACAAUACAUUGGGUGAAUUUUGGCCCAUUCCUCCUGACAGAGCUGGUGUAACUGAGUCAGGUUUGUAGGCCUUGCUCGCACACGCUUUUUCAGUUCUGCCCACAAAUUUUCUAUAGGAUUGAGGUCAGGGCUUUGUGAUGGCCACUACAAUACCUUGACUUUGUUGUCCUUAAGCCAUUUUACCACAACUUUGGAAGUAUGCUUGGGGUCAUUGUUCAUUUGGAAGACCCAUUUGUGACCAAGCUUUAACUUCUUGACUAAUGUCUUGAGAUGUUGCUUAAAUAUAUCCACACAACUUUCCUACCUCAUAAUGCCAUCUAUUUUGUGAAGUUCACCAGUCCCUCCUGCAGCAAAGCACCCCCACAACAUGAUGCUGCCACCCCCGUGCUUAACGUUUGGGAUGGGGUUCUCCGGCUUGCAAGCCUCCCCCUUUUUCCUCCAAACAUAACAAUGGUCAUUAUGGUCAAACAGUUCUGUUUUUGUUUCAUCAGACCUUAGGACAUUUGUCCAAAAAGUACGAUCUUUGUUCCCAUGUGCAGUUGCAAACCGUAGCCUGUCUUUUUUAUGCUGUUUUGGAGCAGUGGCUUCUUCCUUGCUGUGCGGCCUUUGAGGUUAUGUCGAUAUAGGACGUGUUACUGUGGAUAUAGAUACUUUUGUACCUGUUUCCUCCAGCAUCUUCACAAGGUCAUUUGCUGUGUUCUGGGAUUGAUUUGCACUUUUCGAACCAAAGUACGUUCAUCUCUAGGAAACAGAACGCGUCUCCUUCCUGAGCGGUAUGACGGCUGCGUGGUCCCAUGGUGUUUAUACUUCCGUACUACUGUUUGUACAGAUGAACGUGGUGACUUCAGGCAUUUGGAAAUUGCUCCCAAGGAUGUUCCAGACUUGUGUAGGUCUACAAUAAAUAAAUAAAAAAUUCUUGGCUCGUUUCUUUUGAUUUUCCCAUGAUGUCAAGCAAAGAGGCACUGAGUUUGAAGGUAGGCCUUGAAAUACAUCCACAGGUACACCUCCAAUUGACUCAAAUGAUGUCAAUUAGCCAAUCAGAAGCUUCUAAAGACAUGACAUAAUUUUCUGGAAUUUUCCAAGCUGUUUAAAGGCACAGUCAACUUAGUGUCAAUUUAGUGUAUGACUGACCCACUGGAAUUGUGAUUUAAGUGAAAUAAUCUGUAAACAAUUGUUGGAAAAAUUACUUGUCAUGCACAAAGUAGAUGUCCGAACUGACUUGCUUUAACUAUAGUUUGUUAACAAGACAUUUGUGGAGUGGUUGAAAAACGAGUUUAAUUGACUCCAACCUAAGUGUAUAUAAACUUCCGACUUCAACUGUGUGUAUAUAUAAAUAUACAUAACGGGAGUCUUUGUUUUAAUGUGUAAUAAAUAUAAUGCUUUAAUGCCUGCCGUUGUAUCCCUGGUUAUUAUGCCUGCUUGUGAUCAAACGUGCCUAUACUAUUUUGUUAAAAGUAAUUUUUAACAUCACAUUAAUUGUGGAGUGCUGAAGAAUCAUGUAAAACAUUAAAAUGUUGAUGGGUUUUAAGAUCAGCUCAACACAACAAUAAAGCCCUGCUUUGCUUAUUAAACUUUUCAUGA